UUAGUAUAUAGUUGUAGUUCUCGAUUUCAGUGCCACAGCUAACCACGAGCGUCAUGAAGUUGCAUUUCGCAGUUGCGUGUGCGAUACUUGUAGCAGUGCUUGGGAAGGAGGGAAAGAGCGCGUGUAGGCGGGGAUGUCCGAGGAAUUAUGCCCCAGUGUGUGGGAGCAAUGGCCGCACCUAUAACAACGAAUGUGAACUAGAGAUGGACAGUUGUGAAAGGAAAACUAUCAUAAAAAUGGUACGCGCGGGACCAUGCGAGGAAAAGGUUGAAGAGAUAAAGAAGAAACAGCCAAGAAUGGCGCUGAAGGACACCUCAGAGGAGCCCGUGUGUAAAACGAGUCCGAUGUGUACGCGGGAAUACAAACCAGUGUGCGGCACUGACGGCAAAAACUAUGGAAACGAGUGCAUGCUGUGUAUGCAGCGUGUCAAGAUGGCUGGUCUUAGGAUAGCCAGACGAGGUGAAUGUGCUAAAAAGCAAAAUGAUGGGGAGGAGGAGCCGAUCUGCUCAGAAGCUGCACUGAAGGGAAUUUGCCCGAGAAAUAUUGAUCCGGUGUGUGGAACCGAUGGCGUAACAUACGACAAUGAAUGCGGACUCUGCUACGCGUGGGCGUUGAAACAAGAAAACAGUUCUGAUGUGAAACUUGCCAUACGGCGAAGAGGGAAGUGUUAGAUGCCACGAAGAAAGAUCUGUUGUAUCAUGGUGAAGUUCGAUAUGGAUCCUUAAAACCCGAUAAAACGUUUAGGAUGAUCUUGGCUAAAUUGAUCUGAUUUGCAUAACAAAUGUCAUUGAAAUAUUGAAAUGAAUUUAGCAAGUACAUUAAUUUUCGAUUAAUUAAAAAAUUAUUUAAUUGGCCAGUUUAUACAUGGAUUUCGCUAACGCUGCUAAGGCUGGUAUUUUAAUUAAUUAUUAAAUCUUUAAGCUGAAGAAUUGCAUCAACCCCAUUUGUAUGGUAUAUCUAUCAAGUAAAUAAAUAAAUAUAAUAGCGAAUAUAAAGCAUGUUAAACUAAUAGUAAAGGUACAUGCGAACGUUUCAUACAAACUUUCGCAUCCAAACAAUUAAAUACACGUUUGACUAGUG